CUCCCUUCGGUCGCUCAGGAAUAUGGUCCCUGAAUAUCUGUCAGAGUGAGGCCUCUGUGUUUGUCCGUUCUGUGUCCUGACGUGGCGCCGCCAUGUUGUUUUGCUUCGUUGUCAGUGCGGAGCAGCGAGGCAGCGAGGCAGCGCUUUUACGACAGGUCCGACCCCCUCCCUGCGUGCCUCUGUUGCCAUGGCAACCUUCCCAGAGUACAUCUCUCAGAACGAGGAGCGUGAUGGCGUGCGGUUCAGCUGGAACGUCUGGCCCUCCAGCCGCCUGGAGGCGACCCGGAUGGUGGUGCCAGUGGCGGCACUGUUCACCCCCCUGAGGGAGAGACCGGACCUGCCCCCCAUCCAGUACGAACCAGUUCUCUGCAGCCGCGCCACCUGCCGUGCCGUGCUCAACCCGCUGUGUCAGGUGGACUACCGAGCGAAGCUGUGGGCCUGUAACUUCUGUUACCAGAGGAACCAGUUUCCUCCGUCCUACUCCGGCAUCUCAGAGGUGAACCAGCCGGCAGAGCUGCUGCCUCAGUUCUCCACCAUCGAGUACGUGGUGCAGCGGGGUCCUCAGAUGCCGCUGGUCUUCCUGUACGUGGUGGACACGUGUAUGGAGGACGAGGACCUGCAGGCCCUGAAGGAGUCCCUCCAGAUGUCCUUGUCCCUGCUGCCUCCCACCGCGCUCGUCGGACUCAUCACCUUCGGACGCAUGGUCCAGGUCCACGAGCUCGGCUGCGAGGGGAUCUCCAAGAGCUACGUGUUCAGAGGGACCAAGGACCUGAGCGCAAAGCAGCUGCAGGAAAUGCUGGGUCUGACAAAACCUUCAGCCAAUCAGGGACGAGGACCUCAGACUGCCCAACCGCCUCUGUCCAAUAGGUUCUUGCAGCCAGUGCAGAAGGUGGACAUGAACCUCACAGACCUGUUGGGGGAGCUGCAGCGUGACCCCUGGCCCGUCACUCAGGGGAAGAGACCUCUGCGCUCGCUGGGCGUCGCCAUGUCCAUUGCUGUUGGCCUGUUGGAGUGCACCUUCCCCAACUCUGGGGCUCGGAUCAUGACGUUCAUUGGUGGCCCGGCGACGCAGGGUCCCGGCAUGGUGGUGGGAGACGAACUGAAGACGCCCAUCAGGUCCUGGCACGACAUCGAGAAAGACAACGCCAAGUUCAUGAAGAAAGCCACGAAGCACUAUGAGUCUCUUGCUAACAGAGCAUCUACUAAUGGUCACAUGAUCGACAUGUACGCCUGUGCUCUGGAUCAGACCGGCCUGCUGGAGAUGAAGUGCUGUGCCAACUACACUGGAGGCUACAUGGUGAUGGCGGACUCCUUCAACACAUCUUUGUUUAAACAAACCUUUCAGAGAGUUUUCACCAAAGAUGUCCAGGGGUCUUUUAAGAUGGCGUUCGCUGCCACGCUGGAGGUCAAGACGUCCAGAGAAGUGAAGCUGUCCGGAGCCAUCGGACCCUGUGUGUCUCUGAACGCUAAAGGACCCUGUGUCUCUGAGAACGAGAUCGGUACCGGUGGAACGUGUCAGUGGAAGAUCUGCGGUUUGGAUCCCAGCACCACACUGGCUCUUUACUUCGAGGUCGUCAACCAGCACAACGCUCCAAUCCCACAGGGCGGCCGGGGGGCGAUCCAGUUCGUGAGUCAGUACCAACACUCGUCAGGACAGAGACGCAUCCGGGUCACGACCACGGCCAGGAACUGGGCGGACGCUCAGACUCAAAUUCAGAGCAUCGCGGCGUCUUUCGACCAGGAGGCGGCGGCCAUCUUGAUGGCGAGGCUGGCGGUGUACCGCGCGGAGACGGAGGAGGGGCCUGACGUGCUGCGCUGGUUGGACCGACAGCUGAUCCGACUGUGCCAGAAGUUCGGAGAUUAUCACAAAGACGAUCCAAACUCCUUCAGGUUCUCCGAGACCUUCUCCCUCUACCCUCAGUUCAUGUUCCACCUGAGGCGCUCUCCGUUCCUCCAGGUGUUCAACAACAGUCCAGACGAGAGCUCGUACUACAGACACCAGUUCAACAGACAGGACCUCACUCAGGCUCUGAUCAUGGUGCAGCCGGUCCUGUACGCUUACUCCUUCAGUGGCCCCCCGGAGCCUGUCCUGUUGGACAGCAGCAGCAUCCUUCCUGACCGGAUCCUCCUGAUGGACACUUUCUUCCAGAUCCUCAUCUACCACGGAGAGACUGUGGCCCAGUGGAGGAAGGCAGGUUAUCAGGAAAUGUCAGAGUACGAGAACUUCAAACAUCUUCUUCAGGCGCCGGUGGAUGACGCCCAGGAGCUGCUGCACACUCGCUUCCCCAUGCCGCGAUACAUCGACACGGAGCACGGAGGCAGCCAGGCUCGUUUCCUGCUGUCAAAAGUGAACCCCUCCCAGACCCACAACAACAUGUACACCUGGGGACAGGAGUCUGGAGCUCCCAUCCUGACCGACGACGUCAGUCUACAGGUGUUCAUGGAUCACCUGAAGAAGCUCGCUGUGUCCAGUGCUGCCUGAACUCACCUGUCCUCUCCUGAACUCACCUGUCCUUACCUGAACUCACCUGACCUCACCGGACAUCACCUGUCCCUACCUGACCUCAG